AUGCUUAAAAGUGAAAAGCGGUUCGUUAUAACAGCUGCGACGGCUGCGACAGCCUUUGGCGUGUUCACGGGCGUUGUUGGCUUAGUCGGGUUCGCGAUGGACCGCUACGAGUCUGCACAAACGACCGCACAACUUAACGAAAUACAGGCUCAGAUCCGGGAGCUGGACAGGAAGAUAGACGGCUUGACACAACGCGUCAGUGACCUACAACUGGGACAACAGUACCUUCAACAAGUCAUCCUGUACGGCAGAGACGAACUACGACUGAGGAACGUGCUGGACACCCUUGCCAGUAUCCAGGCCAGUGAUGGCCAGUAUGUUGGCAGCGACCUGCAAGGUUGGGCAGACAGCGUUCUCAGCCAUGAUUCAGAUGGAAUCAGAAAUGUACUGUUCAAUCUGUUGGACAUGGUAAAACCACAUUCAUCACUGUUUGGAGGAAAAUCUCUGUUCGAAAUAUAUCGUCAACGACUGAAUAAGAAUACAGGAGCCUUGGAAAAGGAUAUGGUAAAGAUGCGACUGAAAGUUGCGCAGGUCUACGGACUGAUCGGAAGUGGAUACUCUGCCUGGGCUACAGCUCUGCGAAUCAAGGGGCGUCAAGCUGAUAUUCCAGCUGUGGUACGAGAGGGGAAAGCAAAGCUCAACGACGUGAAACAAAGCCUUCAAAAAUAUGUCAAUUAUGGAAAUAGGGAUAGAACAAACUAA